AUGGACGGCUUCAGCUCCAAAGACAUGGCUAUGAAGGCCCAGAAGAAGAUCCUUAGUCACAUGGCAAGCAAGUCCAUGGUGCAGAUGUUUAUCGACGACACCAGCAGCGAGAUUUUGGACGAGUUCUAUCGUGUCUCGAAAGAGUACACAGGAAAUCGCACGGAGGCCCAGAAAGUGGUCAAGGACCUCGUUAAAGUGGUGGUUAAGAUUGCAGUUCUGUUUCGGCAUAACUGCUUCAGUGAAGCAGAGCUAGCUCUGGCCCAGAACUUUAAGAAGAAAUUGCACCAGGGAGCCAUGACGCUAAUCAGCUUCCACGAGGUGGCGUUUACUUUCGACCAGACGGUGAUCACAGAGAUCUUGACUGAGUGUAGGGACAUGCUACUGAAGCUUGUGAAGAAUCAUCUCACGCCCAAGUCCCACGGACGGAUCAACCACGUCUUCAACCAUUACUCCGACCCCCAGCUCCUAACCCAGCUUUACACCCCCGACGGCCCCUUUGCAUCCCAUCUCAACAAAAUCUGCAACGGACUCAACAAACUGGUGGAGGAAGGAAAGUUAUGA